ACACUCACACACACACACACGGUGGUUAGCUGCUAGCUAAUGAUUGACACACAGAGACAGUGGUAGACCUUCUCAGGACAUCUUCACAUCCCAUCACAAGGAGUAUGGCAAAGCAGACUGAUGACAUCAUGCUUUUAAAAGGUCACAACUUCACUGAAAAUUCCUUUCAUCAUUUUUCAGAGAUGGAUCGAGACAGGAUCUAUAUGGACUACAAUGCUACUACUCCGCUGGAACCAGAAGUGACCCAGGCCAUUACUGAAGCCCUGCAGGAAGCCUGGGGAAACCCAAGUAGCAACUAUAUCGCAGGGGCCAAGGCGAAGGCAAUCAUCAAUCAGUCCAGAGAGAAUGUGGCAAGAAUGGUUGGAGGGAGAGCAGAGGACAUCGUUUUUACCUCAGGGGGAACAGAGGCCAAUAACCUGGUGCUCCACACUGCUGUAGAGCACUUCAGGAGAAACCGCAGAGCUGCAGAGCAAAGUGAAGGCCUUCCGCACGUCAUCACCACCAACGUGGAACAUGACUCGGUCAAACUAGCAGCCGAGCACCUACAGAGAGAGGGCAGGGCAGAUGUUACAUUUGUUCCCGUGUCUAAGACGACUGCACGUGUAGAGGUGGAGGACAUUGUUUCCGCAGUGCGUCCCAACACAUGUCUCAUCUCCAUCAUGCUGGCCAACAAUGAGACAGGAGUCAUCAUGCCUGUCCAAGAGAUCUGCCAGAGAAUAAAAUCUCUCAACAAGCAGCAUGAGCGGCUCAGGAUACUGCUCCACACUGACGCUGCCCAGGCUCUGGGGAAAAUUGGAGUGGAUGUCUGUGAACUGGGAGUGGAUUACCUCACCAUAGUGGGGCACAAGUUCUAUGCCCCUCGGAUCGGUGCUUUGUACGUGAGCGGCCCCGGAACCAGAACGCCAUUGUACCCGAUGCUGUUUGGAGGAGGACAGGAGAGACACUUCAGACCAGGCACUGAAAACACACCCAUGAUUGCUGGUCUAGGAAAGGCUGCAGAGCUGGUGACCAGUAAUCUGUCACAUUAUCAGCGUCAUAUGAAAAGUACCAAACUUUACCUGGAAGAACGACUGCGGGCCAUAUUUAAAGAGCGGAUCCACUUCAACAGCCAUUACCCCGGCUCUGAUAUCCUCCCCAACACAUGUAAUGUGUCUAUCCUGGGCCCAACAUUACAAGGCUGGAGGGUAUUGUCCAACUGCAGGAGGCUGCUGGCCAGUGUCGGAGCCGCCUGCCACUCAGACAGUGGAAACAGGCCUUCCCAUAUCCUCCUGAGCUGUGGCGUCCCCUCAGAGGUGGCAGCCAAUGCUUUGAGGUUGAGCCUGGGCAGGGGGACGACCAGGGAAGAUGUGGAUGCAGUCCUGGAGGAUCUGAGGGAAACAGUGCAGCUGUUGGAAGAAAUUAACUGAUGGACUUCAUGUGCACAAAGUAAAGUAAAUCCCAGAGGUCAAAUAAGGAUGUACAGGGUUAAAAAUCCACCACCUGUGCUUAUUGUUACUUGUGAAAUGGAUGAAAUAUUUAAUAUAAAUAAUAAAAGAGAAGAACUUGAAGUGACCUGUGGGGUGAUGUUAUGAGGAGAUGCAUGGACUCGGCUUCCAUCACGUCAUAUGAGCAGCUAAUCAGCUAAUUGGACCCAGGGCAACAUGUAUGAGUAUUGAAAUUGAAAUUAAAUAUUAACAUACAUUUGUAAA